UAAAAUAACAUCUUGUUAAAAUCGCAUAUCAAAUAAGAAACAACAUAGAGUUGAAGUUUUCUUUGAGGAUCAUGGAACUUACAUAUAAUGAAAGCAAAUUUCAUGCUAUAGGCAUAAGGCAUGGAAUAAUAAAAUUAAGUAGGUCUACUGAACUAAUCAAACUAUGUGGACGUGGUAGCCACUCUAGAUUCCUUCUUCCUCCAACUUAUAUAGAUAUAUGGUUCACCUAUAUAUUUUAUCUUCUAAUCAACCAUCAAUAUAUACAUAUUCAUCUUCACUAAAAUUCAUUUCUUCCUCGAAACCCAAAAAUGGGUUGCCAAAAUUGGCACCAAAAGCUUCAACAAAACCUCACAAGAAUCUUCCAUGUCCUCACAAUCACUCUCCUGAGUCUCUUACUCCCUCUCUCAUUCCUCCUCCUCGCCCGACUCUCCUGCGUCAACUACCUCCUCGCGGCCACCACCACCACCACCUCCAAACCCUCUUUCCUCUUCUCUAUCAUCCUCUACACCAACCCUGCUCUUCUCUACCUUCUUAUCUCAAUCAUCACCAUAACCACUCUCAUUCAUGGCUUGACAGGAAAACUCACAAUUCACAAAGACUUCUCAUCAUCAAACGACGACCUCCAUCAGAACUACCGACCGGGUUUAUACACAGCAUGGAUUUUAAUUUGUACAUUACAAGUAUGCGUCGGAUUAGGCAUUGAAGGGAGCAUUGAAGCGGGGAUCGAUGGAACCAGCUUUGGUGUGGAGAGGAGUUUGAUGAGUAGAAUUGUGUUCUUCUUAGGAUUGCAUGAGACAAUGAUGUAUUGGAGUAGAGUGGUAGUGAAGCCGGUGGUUGAUGACGCUAUUUAUGGGGCGGGUGUUAAGGAGGAGAAAUAUUGGUGGGUGGGGAGAGUGGGGAUUGGGUUUGGGAGUUUGUGGUGGUGGAGGUUGAGGGAUGAGGUUGAGUCAAUGGUGGUUGUGCCGGAGGCGAAGAGGGAGUUGUUGAUGGAGGUGGAGGUGGCGGAUUUUAUUGGGUGGUGGUUGUAUUACUUGGUUGUGACAGUUGGGAUGGUUAGGGUUGUUAAGGGUUUGAUGUGGGUUGGUGUGGUUGUGCUUUGUAGGAGAUUCAGAAGGAACUCCGGUGAUGAAGAACAAGAGGAGGAUGGCAAGGUCUAAACUGAAACUUCGACUUUCUUUUUUUAUUUUUAUUGUUUUUUUUAAAGAGUUGUUGUUUGGUCGAUGACGACAUUUGAUCGCUUUUAUUGGUUGUACAAUAAUUGUACUACCAUUGUGAUUUAACUAAUUUUUUUUAUGCUAUUAUUAUUCGGUUGAAGAGUAAAUGGUACAGAGAAAA